GGUCGCGGCCUUCCGGCGAACGCGGUUACCUUGGAAACCGUGGCCAUGGCAGCGCCACGGCAGGUCCCCAGCUACAAUGUUCAGCACAAGCCCAGCAGCUCUGCAAACUCGUCGUUCACCCGGACGCCGGUGCACAACUUGUCUCUCGGGUCUCGCGAGCUGCCUAUCUCGCCAUGGCAGGUCGCCGAGCCGUCGGGCAAGAAUCUGUGGGAGCAGAUCUGCGAGGAGUGUGAAGCUGAGCAGCCUCCCUUUCCAGAAGGAUAUAAAGUCAAACAAGAACCUGUGAUUACUGUCGCGCCAGUAGAGGAAAUGCUUUUUCAUGGCUUCAGCGCAGAGCACUAUUUUCCGGUUUCCCAUUUCACCAUGAUCUCACAUACACCCUGUCCUCAAGACAAAUCGGAAACAGUCAACCCAAAAACAUGUUGUCCCAAAGAAUAUUUGGAAACUUUCAUCUUUCCUGUUCUGCUUCCUGGAAUGGCUAGCCUGCUUCAUCAAGCGAAGCAAGAAAAAUGUUUCGAGAGGAAAAGAACCAAAUUCAUUGCCUGUGAUUUCCUGACCGAGUGGUUAUACAACCAAAAUCCAAAGAGGGCAGGGGAGCCAUUCACAGAAUUCUUCUCCAUUCCAUUUGUGAAGGAGUGGCUAGAGCAACACCCGCGGCCACCAAUCCCGCUCUCCCUCCUGCUGACAGAAGAGGAAGCAGCCCUCUACAUUCAAUCUUUCUGGAGAGCCUAUGUGGUUCGCUGUGAUCCUGAGAUUCAAGAACUGCGUAAGUGGCAGAAGAAACUUCGUGAGGACAAGUACAUUCACCAGCGAGUCAAAAUAUUCUGGGCCAAGCAAGAACAAAAAGUGAAAUGCAAAAUGGAGGAUGAUGUGGUACCUGCAGCCAAAAUGAAAAUUCCAUCAUCUUAACCACAGUUAAGAUGUAUCUCUGCCCAUCUGAGCACAGGUUACCUUGUGCAAGGAAAAUGUCCAAAUAAUGCUUUCUCUCUUGUGAUUUCUUUAACAAGACUUGGAACAUGUGAACAUGGAAUCUUUUCUGUACAAGACAGUAUUUGUUGCAAACAUGCUUUAGUGCAAAUAGUUUAGAAAAGAAAGGACCAGUCUUCAUUUUCUGCAUUAUCCCCACAUUUUAUUCAUUCAUCCAGAUAUUUCUUCAGUGCCUCAGAGGUAUCCUUCUACACCAGCUGCUGUUAAAAUGUACAAUGAACUCCAGUUCCAAGGGAUCCAGAAGUGUUCUUAUUACGAGUUUUCUCACUUUUGGCUGCCUUUGCAAAGAUCCAUAUUCUAAUUGAAGUCCCCAACCUCUGAAUUGGGUUUUAAGUUUACCUGGUGACUGACUACUAGUCUUUUUAUAAAAAAGACCUUAUACUUAUGAUCAUUUUCAAAGGAGACCCGCCCUGAAAUUUUAUUGCAAACCCAACAAGAUGAGACAUUUAAACCCAGACAGAUGAAACAAAUAAUUUUUGUCUUAAGUCCCAAAGUAUUAUAUAGAAAGUUCCUGCUUUUAUGGCUAAAUAAACUUAUUACCCUAAUUUGUUCUGUGGUUUUCUGUUAACCAAGAUUGUCCCAUUUAAAAUGCCACAGACUGUGAGCCUCAGGGCAGACCCGAAAGCCUAGCAGUUAGUUGCACUGGGUUGUUUGGACAAGCUACUACACGUCUUCAGUAAAUAGUAAAGCCUUUAUUUUCGUGUUAAGAACAGCAUUCUGAAAAUAAAACCUAUCUGCCCAUG